GGUUGUGUCUGUCCGUAUCGUAAUUUCAUCUAUUUCUACUAUAGACAGCAUGUACACUACUAGUCAGCCCGAGUCAGCUGUGAUCAACGAGCGCUGCCACCCACGGGAACGCCAGCCAAUCGGAAGGGCGGGGCAAGCGCCCAUAUGCCGAAAAAGGCAGGAGCGAAGCGGUGGCGUCGACGGGGAUAUAAGCGCCGCGGUGUUCUCCCAGCGAACGAGGCUUUGUCCUGCUCACCGCUGCCCACAAGCGCUGACGCGUUCCCGUCGUCGUGCACACCGAGUCCACCGCCAGCCCAGCCUUCGUACUUGAGCAGCGCACCGCCAGCAGAUAUACGCUGUACCCGGCAUCGUACACAACGCCCAGACCCCGCCCGUCGCCGUCCACCCUGUUGUCCCCAAGCGCCGCACCCCCGCCCUACCAAACCUCUGGUUUGACGAGCACAUCGAACAGGAACCACCGCCAUGGACGCUCUCAAGUCGCUCGUGCAGCCCCUCGUCGGCGGAGGCGGCGGCUCGUCGGUCAUUGACGGCAUGAAGCUCGUCGUGCUCGGGACCACCGUCGAGACCGCCCGCAGGAUGAGCAGCUCUGCAUGGUCCCACUUUGUCAACUCAUUCUUCCUCACCGCGCACUUCUCCGAGGAGGACUACCCCUACGACUGGCUCAUGCUCUGGCUCUCGCGGCGCCCCGAGUGGCAGCGCUCGCGUGAGUUCGAGACGACCACGCGCACGUCCUCCGCGUUCUACAGCUCCUCGGCCGCGGACAACUCCUUCGGCGACGACGACGACGAGGGCGACGACGACGCGCCCGGGAAGGUCAAGACGCGCGUCGUCUUCCAGCCGACGUUCGACACGACGCACACGAUUUACUACAAGGGCCACUGGCUGCGCGUCAAGCGCAGCAGGAGCAACGGCUGCGAGGUGCUGUCCAUCAGCGUGGUCGCCCGCAGUAACUCCAUCCUCAAGCAGCUGGUCCUGCAGGCCAAGCGCGAGUACGAGGCGGAAGCGGUGCACCGGAUCCAGAUCUACUUCGCAGACUCGCACGGCAGCUGGCGCUGGACGGACUCGCGGCACAAGCGGCCGAUGUCGUCCAUCGUCCUUAACCCCGGCGUGAAGGAGAUGCUCCUGGAUGACACGAGAGAUUUCCUGAAGUCCGAAAAGUGGUACGCGGACCGCGGGAUCCCCUUCCGCCGCGGGUAUCUCCUGUACGGUGUCCCCGGCUCGGGCAAGUCGUCGCUAAUCCACGCCAUCGCCGGCGAGCUCAUGCUCGACAUCUACGUCGUCUCCCUGUCGUCCUCCUGGAUCAACGACAGCACGCUCACGACGCUUAUGGGCCGCGUCCCCGCGCGGUGCAUCGUCCUCCUCGAGGACCUCGACGCCGCGUUCACCAGGAGCGUGACCAGAGACAGCUCGUCCGACGGGAGCCCAGGCGGCAAGGACAAGAAAGACAGCAGCGGGAACAACAACCAGGACGACGCGGCGACGACGGACGGGACGAGCCGGCGGCGCAAGGACCAGCUGAGCGACGUGAACACGCUGAGCCUGAGCGGGCUGCUGAACGCGCUGGACGGCGUCGCGGCGGCAGAGGGGCGCCUGCUCUUUGCCACGACGAAUCACCUCGAGCGCCUCGACCCGGCGCUGUCCCGGCCCGGCCGCAUGGAUGUGUGGAUCGAGUUCAAGAAUGCGAGCAAGUGGCAGGCGGAGCAGCUCUUCAGGAAUUUCUUCCCGUCGACGGACGAUGAGGGAAACAGUGGUGCGGACGACAAGCUCCAGCCCGAGGACGAGACGGAGCUAGAGGGGAUU